AUGUUUGCCAGCAGAACCACCACUAGAGCUCUGCUGAGCCGUCAAGCUCAUAGGGUGAAUGGGCGACGAGGCCUUCGGCUCACUCCUCGUGUUCGUGCCCUGGAGGCAAAGAGCGUUACCCAGAAUGGAUCAAACCAGGCUUCGGGAUGGUCUCAACCCAAAGUUCUUGCAGUUGCACUUGGGGCAGGAGUCCUUGGAUGGGGACUUGCUACCUUGAAUGGUGGUGUUGACUCCUCCUGGAGUAAGUCAUCUGAGCCUCAGUAUGCUAAUGCUAUUCAGCGGAUCGAGGAAGAGGUGGGCGUAGAAGGGUUCAUCUCAACAGACCCAGAGGAUUUGCUGGCGCAUGGAUACUCUGAGUGGUCUACGGUCAAUCCCGACACCUUACCCGUAGCUGUGGCAUACCCUAGGACAACAGAACACGUAUCUGUGAUAGCCCGGAUUUGCCAUGAGCAUCGCGUUCCCAUCAUCCCUUACUCUGGAGGGUCAAGCUUGGAAGGAAACUUCUCUGCCCCGUAUGGAGGAGUCAGUGUGGACUUUGCAUACAUGGAUCAAAUCAUCCAAUUCAAUAAGGAUGACAUGGAUAUUGUCGUGCAGCCUAGUAUUGGCUGGCAGGACCUAAACGCCAAACUCUUACAGAUGGACAGUGGAUUAUUCUUUCCUGUGGACCCUGGCCCAUCCGCAAAGAUAGGAGGUAUGAUAGGAACGAACUGCUCUGGCACAAACGCUGUUAGGUACGGCACGAUGAAGGACUGGGUCAUUAACUUGACUGUCGUCCUCUCUGACGGGCGUAUCAUCAAGACAAGGAGGAGACCACGCAAGUCGUCAGCUGGUUAUAACUUGAACAGUUUGUUUGUUGGCUCCGAAGGUACUCUGGGAAUCAUCACAGAAGCCACCUUGAAGCUAGCAGUUAUACCGGAGCAGUAUUCGGUUGCUGUUGUCACAUUCCCCACCAUCCGAGAUGCUGCAGCCGCUGCAGCCGGAGUUAUGCAGACGGGAAUUCCUGUUGCGGCCAUGGAGAUCAUGGAUGAAGUCCAGAUGAGAGUCAUCAACCUUGGUGGUGCCACGAAACCUCGAGUAUGGAAAGAAUCGCCUACUCUUUUCUUUAAAUUCUCAGGAACUAAAGAGGGGGUGAAAGAUAACAUCAGUAGGGUGAGAAAGAUUGCUGCGGCCAAUAAGGGUGGUGACUUUGAAUUUGCUCGGGAUGCUGCUGAGCAACAGCUACUAUGGUCUGCUAGGAAAGAAUCGCUCUGGUCUAUGCUUUCUUUGCGCAAGAGUGGUGAUGAUGUUUGGAGCACUGAUGUAGCUGUUCCGUUCAGUCGCCUAGCUGACAUUAUAGAAGUCAGCAAGAGGGAGAUGGACGAGCUCGGUCUCUUCGCCAGUAUCCUCGGCCACGUUGGUGAUGGCAACUUCCAUGAGAGUAUCAUGUACAAUAAGAACGUACCCGGUGAGCGCCAAAAGGUUGAAGAGUGUGUCAAAAACAUGGUAAAGCGCGCGCUUGACAUGGAUGGUACCUGUACAGGAGAACACUCCAUCGGAUGGGGAAAGAAGGAGAGUCUGCUCUGGGAAGUUGGACCAGAGACUCUGGCUGUCAUGGCAUCAGUGAAAAAGGCAUUCGAUCCCAAGUGGAUUUUAAACCCUGGGAAGAUCAUCGAUGUGCCAUGGGAGAACACUGCUUAUCCUGGAGCAAACACGGCCGUGACACCAAACCCGAAUGAUCAAGGACUGAAUACCCGAGUUGACAACGCCCUAGAUCUUAUGCAGAGCCCGACCAUGAACACACAGGGCCCCUCACACGAAGUUUCGAGAGGGUCUGUCGGCAACCCGAAACAAAACCAUGGCCUAAAGGGCGGAAAUCGGGAGAACCCGAGAAACAACAGGAACCGUCCAGCAUCCAACAAUAUUGCUUCUGAGCUUCGGCCAACAUGGCUAUCAUGGCCUGAGCUCACCGUUCACAUCAAUAUGCCUGCAUCAGUCACGCUUUCCAAUCUCUGGUCUUGGUUCUCUGGUCAAGGUGAAAUCGCAUACAUAGAUAUCAACGAGUCACCAGAGGACCCUGCGCGCAAAAAUGGCAAAAUCAGGUUUGAGCCACCUCCUAAAAAAGACUUCUGGAGUACUGGUGCCUGCCUUGUUCCACACCCUGACCCGGAACGAGGCUCUGAGUAUAUUGAGCUUCUUGUCAAUCUAGGCAGGCAGAAUCCGGAAUGCUUCAUUAGGAGUCCGGUAUGCAAAGACCGGCAGCAUCCUAUCAAAACGACUUUGUACCCAAUAACCCUUGAGUUUGGGACUAUGUUGGAAGAGAAUUCAAUGAAGGUCCUGAAGUCUAUAAAGGGAGCAGGCGGUGGACAGCAACUCAAGCUUGAACUAAGUCUCAAGCAUCAAAAGCUGACAAUAUUCUUUCCCAGAAUGAUUGUAUCAGGAGGAGUGAAGGCUAUUAGGCAUCACAAAGUUGCCAUCGACUUUUCUGCGAUCAAGUAUCUCUACCAGACGACAACUGACAGCGAUUGCUGUGCUCUUGUGAUUCCCCUCGAGCGGCCUCCUCAGUACUAUUGGAAGACAUCUAACGUACGUUCUACUUUCGCCAACAAUGUCAACGCUUGGAGCUCUAUGGAGACUUGGAACCGCGCUACAGACAUUGUCGAGGAAGUCGGCCUCACUAUGAACUGCCCUAUCGCCUUGAAUAACGACUACAAAGGUUCCGAUUUCAUCGAUAUCGGCCGCUGGACCACUCUUCGACUUAUCCUCGAUGACAAAACGGAAGAGGCCAAGAAUCUCAAUCGACAACUGGUCGGCGCACUGCACGAUUUCAACAUUGCCGCUAGAGUCCGGAAUGACUUCCGAUUCACUCACGGAGAACAUGCAGAUAUGUGGAAAUACUUGGACCAUGAUGCUUCUGCUCAUGGGCGCAAUGCAAGCCAGGUACUAAGUCUCUACUACGAAGAUCCAGUUGUUUACCUCCCCUUCGAAGUCCGGUAUCAGCUUGAAGUUUGUAUCUCCCAAGGUCAGCUUAACGAACACAAAAUCACAAAAGAGUUUCUGGACACACUUGCUGGUAUGCCACCGCAAAGAGCGAAGAUUUACCUUGAGUUCGCAGCUGCGCGGGUAGUACAUGAGGGUCAUCCAAUGACGGCGGAUCCUAUGUCGACUUUUGACUCCCAACGCGAUAAUGGGGACAAUUAUACAUCGAUUUCACGAGUUCCUUCAUACUGUUGCCUCGUCCGGAAGGUAGUCAUCACUCCCACCACAGUCCGUUAUACUACUCCCAAUAUUGAGGUAUCCAAUCGAGUAAUGCGUCGAUAUAAGCAUAUCCAAGAUCGGUUUCUUAGGAUUCAAUUCACCGAGGAGCUGGAGAAAGGAAGGAUCGCAGUGAACAAGGAUCAAAAUGAUGAGAUAUACAAGAAGGUUCUACGUACAAUGUACGAAGGUAUUCGCAUAGGUGACCGCUUAUACGAAUUCCUUGCAUUCGGUAACUCACAGCUCCGAGUGAACGGGGCCUACUUCUUCUGCCCUACAGAGCACACAUCUUGCGCCGAAAUUCGCGAGUGGAUGGGCCAAUUUAGUCACAUAAGAGUCGCGGCAAAAUACGCUGCGCGGCUUGGGCAGUGUUUCUCUACUACCCGUGAUGUUCGCGGCAUCUCUUCGCCAGACACCCUCCAGAUACCUGACAUCGAGAGAAAUGGCUACUGCUUCACCGAUGGUGUCGGCAAGAUAUCCAGAUUCCUUGCUAAACUGAUUGUCGAGGACAUGGCUUUGGAUGUUUGUGCGGAUCCUUCCGCGUUUCAAUUUCGAAUGGGUGGUUGCAAGGGCGUGCUUACUAUUUGGCCUGACGACGCCAAAGGCAUGGAGGUACACGUUCGCGAAUCACAGAAGAAGUUCGAGUCCGAAUCCAAGGGACUUGAGAUUAUUCGAUGGGCCAGGCUAGCGACAGCCACAUUAAAUCGACAAACCAUCACGAUCUUGGAGAGUCUUGGUGUUCCCACGCGUUCGUUUACUAAUUUGCUUGCCCAGCAGUUAAAACAAUAUGAACUGGCUACGAGCGACAACGAUGUCGCAAUUGAGAUGUUGGACAAAUUUCGUGAUGAGCAGCAGAGCCAUUCCUGCCUUGCUAGCUUACUCAGAGCUGACUUCAGAACCGAGACCUUACAGGAGCCAUUUGUAGUCAAUGCCAUUAAUCUUUGGCGGUCAUGGUCCAUCAAGUCGUUAAAGGAGAAAGCCCGUAUCCAAGUGCAAAAGAGUGCCUUUGUUCUCGGUUGUGUUGAUGAGACUGGCACUCUCCGAGGGCAUUCUUCUGACACAGAGGGAUCCGAAGAGAAGGUUGUCGAUAAACUUCCGCAGAUAUUCCUGCAGGUCAGCGAUCCAAAGAACUAUAACAAGACCUGUAUUAUCCGUGGAGUGUGCAUUGUGGGACGCAACCCGUCACUUCAUCCAGGAGACAUCCGCGUCGUCGAAGCAGUGGAUUGCAAGAGACUGUAUCAUCUCAAGGAUGUUGUCGUAUUUCCAUCAACUGGAGAUCGACCUGUACCCAACAUGCUGUCAGGCGGCGAUCUUGACGGUGAUGACUUCUUUGUCAUAUGGGAAUCGAGCUUGAUACCCAAUGAGUGGAAUUACCCACCCAUGAACUACUCUCCCCCAGCCCCCAUUGAGCUGGACCGGAACGUUGGUGUUAAUGAUCUCAGAAAUUUCUUUGUGAAGUACCUAAAGAACGACAAACUCCCACUCAUCGCAACAUCCCAUCUGGCUUUGUCGGAUAACCUAGGACCGAAAUCACCCAAGUGUCUGGAGCUUGCAGAGUUGCACUCCAAAGCAGUCGACUAUCCCAAGACCGGUGAUCCAGCGAUUCUAAGGCGCGAUCAACAGCCUCGUAAAUGGCCUCAUUUUAUGGAGAAGAAGAACUCCUACCACUCGAGAAAGGCCCUUGGUGUUAUUUUUGACAGGGUCGCUCAUAAGACAGUUGACUUCAACCCUGUCUGGGAUAGUCCAUUCGAUGAACGUAUUACCAAAAAGUUUCAACUCGAUAGCGAUACCCUCAGAUCAGCAAGCAAGAUCAAAGCAGAGUACGAUACAGCUGUGCGUCGGCUUUUGAGUCAACAUGCACUAAAAACCGAAUUCGAGCUCUAUACUGGUUUCGCCUUGACUAAGCCUGCUGUCGGUUCGGACUACAAGAUUCGAGAGGACCUCGACCGCGAAUUCCGCAGUCUCAAAGAACAUUACCAGGACAUCUGCAUCGAGGCUGCGGGUGGCAAACAAGCCGAGAACAUUGAGCCGUUUGUCGCUGCUAUGUACACUGUCACUGAGGAACAGGUCAAAGCUGCACUGUCAGAACACGACCAAGAACCGAUCAACGACGCAGGAACCAUUCUGCAACCUCGCAAGCUGGAACCAAGAUCAAUGCCGCUCAUUAGCUUUCCUUGGAUCUUCUAUGGGGUGAUGUGUCGCAUUGCAACGGAUGGUGCUGUUAAUCCCAAGACCAGUUUCAGGACAUAUGAUACGGCUCAACAUUCCACCUUGCGCGAUGUCAUGCCAAUUGAGGACCAUCGCUCUGCGGAAGAAGAAGCCCGCUCGACAAACACUCCAUGUAUUGCGGAGAAAGUGGCUUCCGCAGAAGAAGAAGAAAAUGGCGCCAACGAGGAAAAGGGAGAUGAGGGCGUGAGUGACGGAAGUCAACGUGAAGUCGACUCACAGCAGGACGAGGAAUCGGAAAAUGAUGAUGCCAUCGAUCGCUUAGACGACUUGAUCAACGGGUAG